UGAAUACAAAAUUUUAAGCACUAUCAACAGCUAGCUCUCCCCACUGCUUCUCAGUCGCCGUUCACCUCCAGGAACCUAAAGCACUAUGAACAGGUUCAGGUACUCUUCCCACAAUCUUUACUCUUUAUUAUCACAACCCAAACCACCAGUUCAUGCUCCCACUUUGCUUCCCCAAACCCUAGUCUCACUUGAGCCCUCUUCGAUUGAUUUCUUGAAUUCAAAUCAAUUUCACUCAAAUUCCGCUUGUAGUUCUGGAAUUCCCUUGGUUUCCUCAACUGGGUCAUCCUCAGAUUCUGCUUCAGCAUCCCCAUUUCCUCUAAAGUUUCGAUCUUUACGUUUGUAUAGGGGUGGUUAUAUUGAUAAGGGCUUGUUGGUGAAUCUUUACUUGCUUAAACACCAAUGUUAUGGGACUUCAAGUUCUGUUAAGCAUGAUCGAACUGAUAAUGUGGGUGUGAAAGAGGUUAGAUACUUUGCGAGUCCUAGGCAAGUUCAUGACAUUAUAGGUAUGAUUAGAAGGAAGGACAAUGAUGUGGAGUCAAAGUUGAGUUCAAUGAAUGUAAGUCUAACUCUUAAGAUGUGUACUCGGAUUUUUAAGGAGUUGAAUCACCUGAAAACAGAUGCUUUGGGUGUGUGUGAUUUGACUAGGUUUUCACACCCCAGUUGUAGGAAUGAUGUUCGUUCCAUGAUUAUUGAUAACCUUGGGAGGUUAGGGAAUUAUGAUGCCAUGUCUCGCGUUUUGAGGGAGUUUGGUGAAAGAAAGUGUUUUGUUCUUCCGUGGGCAUUUGAGUUUGUAUCCCUUUCGCCCUCAAAGGAGGCUACUGUGAGGAAAGUGGUGGAGGUGUUGAAGGCAGUUGAGGGACCGACUGGAGCCUCUGGUUUGUGCUCUUUGAUUAAGAAGUGCAGUGCCAUGGGUUCGUUUGAAAUGGCGGAGUUGGUGAUGCAGCUAUCGGAGAGGAAGGCAAGUUAUUACAGUAUAAUGAUAAAAGAAAAAUGUGGAAAUGGUGAUUUUGAUGGAGCCGUGAAGUUGCUUGAGGUAAUGAGGGAACAUGGUUUUGAUCCGGGAGCCAAAACUUACAAUUAUGUAUUCAGUAGCUUAUGUAAGAAUGAUAAAUCUGCUGAAGCUACUGCAUUGUUUGAGGAAAUGCUGGAAAGGAAGUGUGCUCCUGAUCCUAUAACCUAUGAAAUAUUUGUUUGUUACUCAUGUAAAGUGGGAAACUUUGAUUUGGCUAGAAAGUUACUCGAUAGAAUGAAUGUGCUAGGCAUUGAACCUCGAGUAUCAAUGCAUGCUGCCAUUGUCAAGGCUUAUUUUAAUUUGAACAGAUUUGAAGAAGCAUAUCAGUACGUCAUUGCAACUGAUAGAUACAACUGCUUUCCUGCGGUUUACAGCAUUCUAGCAAGGCUUUAUGUCAAAGCAGAUAUGGUCAUCGUUGCCUACAGUCUUCUCACCGAAAUGAUUAGUAAGGGACUUAGACCAGAUCAGUCAGUGUAUUCAUAUGUUUCCAGGCGGCUCAUCAAUACAGGAAGGAGUGUUUUGGCUGAAGAUUUGAAAAGUAGGCUCUCUCGUUUUGGAUCAAAAUCAACUAUGGGAGCUGGAUAAUAUAAGAUAUGUAACUUUUCUUUUAUAAUGGUUUAUUUUCUGCUCUCUGUUAAGUACACUUGUUUGUCCGUUUCUAGUUAUAGUGAGAAUUCCAAUGGGAAAAGGAAGACAGCGUCCCCAAUUUUUUAUUUAUUUCAUUUUUUAUGUGGGAUAAAAUUUUCCAGAAAAUGAAAGGGUAAAGCAUUUGUUUACCUUGUCUUUUGAGUCUACUUUUUAUCAUUGAUUGGCUACCAUGCUUUUGAUAACAGUGAACUUAGGCAGACCUGGAGCUCUAGCCUUAUGUAUUAAUCAUAUUCUAUUAUGCUACUGGUUUACUUCAUUA